AUCAACAAAAAUCCAAAAAAAAAAAAAAAAAUUUCAACAAAAUUCACUUGAAUUCAUUGAUUAAUCGAAUUCGAUCGAGUUUCCCUUCGAUCUGAUCUCCAACAGAUCGACGAAGAUGAUGGGCUCAGAGCCGCAGAGUGAUCAUCCCCUCGCCAGAGGGAAUGCCGAGGACGAAGAAUCCCCGCACCUCCCAUCGGAGCAAAUGCAAACCCUAGCCCUCAACGACGACGACGACGACUGGGAUUCGGCCGCCGGCGACGUCUCUUCCUCCAAAUCCUACUCCAAUUACCGCAGUGCCAUGACUGCUCUCUCCCCCUCCGCCUCGGAGCACCACCCGCUAAGUCCGCCGCCGUCUGUCACCGCCGCCUCAGAUCCUCUCUCGGCACCCCCUCGCAGUCGUUCGCUCGAUUCCCCUUCGUACGCUGACGUCAUCGUCAGCCCUUUCCACGACAGGUUCCCGGAAUCGAACGGUAGCGGGGAGAUCUCCGACGAUGCUGCGAAUUCGUCGUCGCCGAGAUCUGAAUCGUCCGGCGUCGAGUAUCUGAAAAUCAUCGUUUCGAAUCCUCAGAAGGAGGUUGAGCCGUCCAAUUCCGUCGUUACCCGGGAGAAUACAUACACAAGUUAUCAGAUCACCACGAGCACAAACAUUGCGGAUUAUGGAGGCUCGAGUUUCAGCGUUAGGAGGCGGUUUAAGGACGUCGUUACUCUCUCGGAUCGGCUCAGCGAGAGUUACAGAGGUUUCUUCAUCCCGCCACGGCCGGACAAAAGUGUUGUGGAGAGUCAAGUGAUGCAGAAGCAGGAUUUUCUGGAGCAGAGGAGGGUGGAGCUGGAGAAGUACUUGAAGAGACUGGCCAAGCAUCCGUUAAUUAAGAAAAGUGAUGAAUUGAGGGUAUUCUUGACAGUGAAUGGCCGAAUGCCGCUGCCCACGAGCAUCGACAUGGCGUCGAGGAUGCUUGAUGGGGCAGCCAGGCUGCCGAAGCAGCUUUUGGGGGAAUCGAGUAGUGUGAUCGAGCCGCAGGAUGUGUCGCAUUCUGCCAAAGGUGGGAGGGACAUACUGAGGUACUUAAAGGAAUUGAAGCAAUCUGUCGUUAAUGACUGGGGUAAUACAAAAGCUCCUUUGGAGGAGGAGGAUAAGGAGUUCUUGGAGAAGAAGGUGAAAAUGUAUGACUUUGAGCGGCAUCUUACCAGUGCGUCGAAACAGGCAGAAUCGCUGGUGAAAGCACAGCAUGACAUGGGGGAGACAUUAGGAGAAUUGGGGUUAGCUUUCAUUAAGCUGACAAAGUUUGAGAACGAGCAGGCAACAAUGAAUACUCAAAGGGCAAGGGCUGGUGACAUGAAAUAUGUAGCUACGGCAGCUGUGAAGGCAAGCAGAUUGUACAAAGGGUUGAAUGGGCAGACUGUGAAGCAUUUUGAUACAUUGCUCGAACACAUGGGAAUGCUGCUAGCUGCCCACAAUGCAUUCUCUGAUCGUGCCAGUGCUUUAUUGACAGUGCAAACUCUUAUAUCCGAACUAUCUUCCUUGCAUUCACGAGCUGAAAAACUUGAAGCAGCAUCAUCUAAAGUUUUUGGUGGUGACAAGUCAAGAACCCGUAAGUUAGAAGAUUUGAAGGAGGCCAUUAAAGUCACAGAGGACGCUAAAAGUUGUGCAAUCAAAGAAUAUGAAAGGAUUAUGGAGCAUAACAGAAGUGAAAUUCAAAGGCUAGACAGAGAAAGGCAAACAGAUUUUGUUGAGAUGCUGAAAGGUCUUGUUACAAAUCAGAUGUCAUACCAUGAGAAACUGGGGAACGAGUGGGCUAAAGUGGUGGAGGAGACCAGAAAGUAUGCAAAGGACAGCACAUAGAAUAGAAGAAGAAGAAGACAUGGGGUGGGGGGGUGGGGGGGUUUGAUAAAUUAUUCUAUUUUGAACUUCAACUUUUUCUGUUAAGUUAUACUACUAUAUACAUGUAGGAAAAUAGAAGAAUAGAUCAAUGGGUGUCAAGGCAAAAUAAGCAGAAUGCAGAAAGUCUGAAUUUUGAUUCAUUAUCAUCACUCACUGUUUUGGUUGCUUCCUUUAUUCAUUUCUCAUUGAAUAUCACAAGUUUGUUGUUGAUGCU